AUGAAGAGCGUGCUCCUCAGCAUUUCCUUGGUCGAGUCUCAAACUUCUGCGAGCCCAAUUCUGAUGCGCUUGCCAGCUGCUUCAGCUGCUUCAGCUGCUUCAGCUGCUUCCUUGGAAGAAUUAUUGGAAGUGACUCCAAAGCACAGCCAGGGCUGUCAUGAACGCCUGAGAAUUGAAGCUCUUUUGGGUGCACAUCUAAAUUGCCUUGCCAAAUGCCGUUUAGAACUGGGCCGACUUCUGCACACAAAACUUGCAGAAUGCGUCAUCUUGCUGCUGGUGACAAUGGAACUGUGCAUGAUUUGCAUAGAAGUUGGCGUUGAAACCAAAGUCCUUUGCUUGUUCCAUGUAAAAACAACUGACGAGAUGGUGCUGAGACAUUUGGAUCAUGCUUUCAUUUGCGAAACAGCAGAAGGAGAGAGGACCGCUCUGUUCUUAGAGAGCAUCGAAGCUGUUUCAAAGAUUAUUGUUGUCUUUUUUGCCCUUGAAAUGCUGUUGAAGCUUGCAGUUGCACCGUGUCAAGUCAUGCAAAAUCCCUGGCACUUUCUGGACUGCAGUGUGGUUGCCUUGAAUGUAUUCUUCGCAUUUGUGCUGAACCAAGAGGGAUGCAGAGAGCAUGCAACACUUUUGCUUCGAUGGUGGCGCACGAUAAAGUUUUUGAAGCUAGUUGAAGAGGAGGUAGACUUGGUCGAGGAGUAUAUCAAGAAGAAGUUCAGAAAUGACUUGGGCAAAGGCAGUCACGAAGGACAUCAUCCUUAUUACAAGCAAGACGAAGCACAGGACAGAACACAAAUCCAUUCCGAUAUUGCUUGGAAGAAAAGCAAACAAUGUGAGGUAAGCUCCUCACCUGGACAACUCAGUUACUCGUUUUCCUUCACUCAAUAUGCCAAGAAAGGCACACAGAUUGGAGCCGGUCUUGGAACCAUCAUUGGGACAACAAUUGGAGCUGGCCUGGGGGUCCUUCCUGCACUCUUCACCUUUGGAAUUUCCAUCCCGGUCUUUGCAGCGGUUGGUGGCGGAACUGGUCUUGUUCUGGGAAGUACUGUUGGAGCUGCUGCCGGCUUUGCAGGUGGAUGGGCAACUCAACGCCUCAAAGCCGACUAAGUUUGACUUCCCUCGUCAAUGUUCGCAAAGUGAUCGAUUAGAGUAGCAAAAACAGAUUUUCUUCAACCCUUCUCACAUUGUGC